AUGCCCAACCCUUACUACACCUUUCCACCCGAGGCUCCGCUAAACACCCAUCUCUACUGCUACAAUCGAUCCGACAAGUCACCACCACCAACACCGCGUCUCCCGUCUUGUCGACGCCGCCGUAUCACUCAUCCACUACCAGACUGGGUCGACUCGCCUUUUUCCAACCCCUGGGCAUUGACCGAGCCCCAAUCGCUGUGUAUCCUGUAUGCCAAGCUUCCUCCUGAAAUCCGCGUCUUGAUAUUUGAAGCGUUGCUUGGCAAUCGAGUGCUUCAUCUGUAUGUGAUCCCUAAUAAGUUUAAACUCCUCAAAUCGUGCCUGCAGGGUUCAAACCGUGAAGAGAUAUUCCGGGAUGAACCCUACUCCAACAAUCAGCGAAAAAAUAAAUCUAUUCAUUGCCGUUGCGGCCAUGGGGCAGAGGAGAGUCUAAGCUUAGAGAUUUUAAGAACAUGUAGAAGGAUAUAUUCCGAAGGUAUCCCGAUCCUAUACACCAAAAACAUUUUUACUUUCGCGAAAGACUCCGCCCUGUCCCUUGCUGCACCCAGCUUUGCACCAAGGCGUUUCAAAUCCCUCACUUUCGUCGAGCUGCACUUACCGAACAUCGCUCAAUUCCACCUAAGUGUCACGGAUACUUUAGUCGGAGACACGAUUCACGCAACUAUCGACGCGUUGUUUCAUCUCCCUCAAGUAAAGGUGUUCCGUCUCUUUACAGAAUUCCUACCGCAGAUGAUUGUGAACGAUAAAUCUGGGAGUUGGGAAAAAGCGUGGCUCGGAGCCGUGGACGAUUUUGCAAAACUGAGGGCGUCGACUCUGGAGAUGCUGGAAUUUACCAUUCCGCCUUCUUGCUUUGAUAUACUGCUUGGUAAUAAAAGUGAAGAGGAAAUAUUCUGCAAUGAGUUGCGGGGUGGGAGGCGCUAUCGGAGACAACUCGAGGGCGUGAGCCAAGGUUUUGAAUAUUGGAUUUCGUGCCCUGGGGAAAUUCGCUUCAAAUAG